AUGAAGCGCAAAAUACUUCUGGUUUUUGAACCAAAGAAAAGUUUUUGCGAGCUCUCCGUAGUUAAUUUAGCAUGUGGAAGAGGGUCAUUAUCUGAGUACUGGUCCCGUAUGAAUAUCUUACAAGAAUCUUUCCUCAGAGAUAAUGGUGGGGGGAUAGCAAAACCCACUUGCUGCUGUACAAAUGCUGUGCCAAAGAGAGAACAAUUUGCUAAAAAGCCAAAAAUAUCCGAGCCAAAUAGGACUUCUGAUCGAAGUGGGGUUAUGGCAAACUGUUUUGUUUCUUAUGGUGGGGCUUAUACAGAGAAGCCCCACCUCUCGUGGGAGCCAUGUUCUCCAGGUACACAAAUACAUGGUACAAGGAUGUCAAUGUUGCCACUCUCAUCACGUGGACUAAUAAAGGGGUGGUUUUCAGGGUCCUUUGAUUACCAAUACGAAUCACCCAAAAAACUUGUUGGUUAA